UACGCGUUCUUGAUCGCCAUUGCCAUCAUGAACGUUCUUUGGUUGGUUUUGGUAAUAUUACUACCCCUAGUCAAGGGCGGUCUUCUAACUUCUCAGACAUCGAUUCUGUAACAACGGAACUCUUGGUGAGAAGGUAUGGAUAUCCGUUUGAGAACCAUACUGUUGAAACCAAGGACGGUUACUAUUUAGGUCUUCAUCGACUACCAUGCUCCGACAGCUCUCAUGAAGUUGCUUUUCUGAUGCACGGUUUGGGAAUUUCAUCAAGUGAUUUCGUUGUUAGCGGACCAAAUGCUUCCUUAGCCUUCUUACUCUGCGAAAAGGGCUUUGAUGUUUGGAUAGGAAAUGCUCGUGGCAACAAAUAUUCCAAGGCACACAAAAUAUACAGCCCCAAAUCCUUGGAGUUUUGGAAUUUCACGUGGCAUGAAAUAUCCAUAUUGGAUUUGCCAGCCAUGAUCGAUUACAUAACUGAAGUUACAGGACAAAAACAAGUUCGUUAUUUUGGUCAUUCUCAGGGAACAACAAACUAUUUGGUUUUAAAUUCAAUGAUGCCCGAAUGGAAUGAUCGUUUUAAAUCAGCUCACUUAAUGGCUCCAGUGGCUUACAUAAAUAAUGCCAAGAAUGCAUUUUUAAAUCUUGUUGCUCCACUCGUGGGCCAGCCAAAUGCACUCAGGGAGGUUCUUGGAAGUUUUGAAUUUAAGCCCAGCAAGGAGACUGCACUUGUUCUUAAGGCCCUAAUGUGCAAUGGCUCAUUACCUGAACAAGCAAAGAUUUUGUGUGAAAAUUCACUAUUCCUCUCGACUGAAUUCAAUGAAGACACUGUUGAUUAUGACUUAAUUCCUGAUAUUAUGGCCACAACUCCAACAUCACUAUCAGCAAAUCAAUAUCUUCACUUUUUCCAAGAAUUUAAAUCUGGUUAUUUUCGACAGUUCGAUUAUGGUUUUGCAAGGAAUUUAAUCAAAUAUGGAUCUUUUAGCCCUCCUAAUUAUGAGUUGAAGAAUAUUAAGGGGCCUGUUUUUCUAUACUAUGGCAAAAGUGAUAAGUUCGUUUCAAGAAUUGAUUUCGAUAGAUUAAUAGAACAACUUCCUAAUUCAACUUUGGCUGGAUUGUAUGUUGUUCCAGUUGAAAAUUUUGAUCAUUUAGCUUUUCUUUAUACUAAAAAUGUCAGAGAAAAACUUUAUAAUCAAGCUUCGAUUAAUUAA